UUUUAGUACGUUACAUAAAUCGAUAAAAAAUAAUGCUCGAUAGAAAUUUUCAUGUUUAUUUUGAAACUAUUAUAAAUUCAACUAAGCACUAAAAAUCGCUUUUUUAAGGGGAAAUACGCAAAAUGUCGCCUGUCAAAAUUUUAAAUGUAUUAUUUUUUCGAAUCAUGAGAAAACUCUAAGGAUUUUUUAAAAAUUUAAACGCAAAAUGAAAGAUCACGUUAUUACCGAGGGCCAAAAGUCCCUUAGAAUAAAUAAAAAGUUCCUUUUGAAUAAAAUACAUUCGGAAAUUAGAAAGAUUACCCAUGAGCGAUCUUAUUAAACAAAUAUUUUCUAUGUUCCAGAAAGUAAUGAACCAGUACCAUUAUUAAAAGAACAGUAGUUUAUAUAAUUAUUACAUGUUCUUGCUCUGGCCAAUUUUUUUUGUGGCACGGUUACAGGAAAAUACAGCGUGUUUUAUAUGUUGAUUCAAGAGUAAUCUUUCAUUAUUCCUACUGUAUUUGCAAUUAAAAAUCACAAUAAAUUUUCUCUUUUAUUUUCACCCCUGUAACUGAUAAAAACAGAAGUUUUCAGGGACUUUCGGCCAUCAGUAAUAAUGUAAUCUUUGAUUAAAUUUUUUCAAAAAUAUUUAUUGGUUUUCUGAGGAUUCGAAAAAAAAUAAAUACAUUUAAAACAUAUUGAAAGUUUUGACAGGCGACAUUUUGCGCCUUGAUACAAAACUUAGUCAAAAUCGAUAUUUUUUAUUUAAGACCUUUUUACUUAUCAGUACAAAAUUGAUAUAUGGGUUAGAUUAAAUUUUACAGAAAAAAAUACAAUUCAUAUUAAAUAGAUCAACUUAAAAACACUAUAGUUUUAAUUAAUACUUUGUUUCUCAGUGUAACUCAAAUUUCCUACGGUUUUGAACGAAUUCCUCAUUACUUUUCUUAGUGUAGUGUGAAGUAGUAUCCCUACCAUUCUCCGACCGAUAUUUCUCCCCCCUGAAUAUCAAAGGAGCCGACAGGUGCUUUCGCUUCUUGGUGGAUGGAGUAUUCUUUGGUACAAGUACAACAGACAAUGAGACAACAGACAACAGUAAACACACAGCACACCCAGACACAGUAAACAAAGAACUUUAAUAUUCUUAUAUUCUUUGCAGUAAAAAAAGUAAUAAAUGAAACGAGUGGUGAAUGUAUGAAUUAUUAAGAAGAAAAGAAAACAUAACGCAAUAAUAAUUUGCCAUCUUUUUAAGUGUUAUAUAAUUUCUAAUACUAAUCAAAUCAAAUGGAAGUAAACCAAGAAGUUAUGGAAGAUAUGUGUAAAAUAGAAAUAGAUAAUAAUGAAUUGGAUGAUGCUCUUUUGGAUACCUUUAAAACUGAAAUCAAGGAGGAACCGGAAAUAGAUAUUAAAUUUGAUGAUUUAAACUAUAAGAAAUAUCCUUUAAAGACAGAAAUAGAAUACAAUGAAGAUAAUGUGCGUCUCCUUCAAGAAAAAGAAACACAUGAAAGUUUCAAAUAUGAAGAUAGACUAGCUGAUGAAAAUGACGAAUUAAAAACCCAUGUUAAUACCCAAUUGAAUCAAUGUACAACUAAAGGUUUCAAAUAUGAAGAUAGACUAACUGAUGAAAACAACGAAUUAAAAAAUCAGGUUAUAACUAACCAAUUGAACCAAUGUACAACUGACAGUAGGAAAGUAAAUACCGUUGAAAAAUCUUUUGCUUGUCAGAUUUGUUUUAAAAAGUAUCCAUUGAAGGAAAGUUUAAAAAGACACAUGGCAGUGCAUACUGGUGAAAAACCAUUUGGAUGUGAAAUAUGCACAAAACAGUUUGUAACGCCCUAUGAGUUAAGAAUACAUAUGGUGGUGCAUACUAAUGAAAAACUAUUUAAAUGUGAAAUUUGCACCAAAAAGUUUUCGCGAAGUUCUGAUUUAAAAAUACAUUUGAGAUUUCACAGUGGAGAAAAACCAAUUGAAUGUGAAAUAUGCACAAAACAGUUUUUACAAAAUGGUCACUUGAAAAUUCAUAUGAUGAGAACGCACACUGCUGAAAAACUGUUUGGAUGUGAAAUAUGCACAAAACAGUUUGUAACACAGAGUGAGUUAAAAAAACAUAUGAUGGUGCAUACUGGCGAAAAACCAUUUGGAUGUGAAAUAUGCACAAAACAGUUUUCACGAAGUGAUCACCUAAAACUUCAUAUGAGAAGCCAUACUAGUGAAAAACCGUUUUGUUGUGAAAUAUGCACAAAUCAGUUUUCACGAAGUGAUCGCUUAAAAGUUCAUAUGAGAAGCCAUACUAGUGAAAAACCAUUUUGUUGUGAAAUAUGCACAAAACAGUUUGUAACAAAGAGUGAGUUAAAAAAACAUAUGGUGGUGCAUACUGGCGAAAAACCAUUUGGAUGUGAAAUAUGCACAAAACAGUUUUCACGAAGUGAUCACUUAAAAGUUCAUAUGAGAAGCCAUACUAGUGAAAAACCAUUUUGUUGUGAAAUAUGCACAAAACAGUUUUCACGAAGUGAUAGCUUAAAAGUUCAUAUGAGAACCCAUACUAGUGAAAAACCAUUUGGAUGUAAAAUAUGCACAAAACAAUUUACACAAAAUGCUCAUUUGAAGGGCCACAUGAGAACGCACAUUGCUUAGAAACCAUUUAGAUGACAAAUAUGCACAAAACAGUUUGUAACACAAUGUGUUACAAAUACACAAUAUAGUUGUGCAUCUUGGUGAAAUACGGUAUGCGGCAAAAUAAACAGUACUGAAAUUCGUAUGCCUCAAAUUUGUAUGUGUCAGUCGCCGAAACGCACUCGGUGGUUUCCGAACGUAUGAGUUAUAACGUGUGUGAAUGUCGUGAUAAGGUUAGGUGAAAAUUGAUUGAGAUUUGGUGUUUCUAAAUUUGCAUACAUUCGUGAUCAGUGACUCGUUCAACCCCUUUUAACUACAGCCCUUUCAAUAAUAAGGACUUUGAACCGAUGAAACUUACAGAUCAUAUAAACAAUAUAUACACCAGUCAAGAAACUUGUGAAGUCGUAACGAUUAAGUUCAUUUAAGAUACUAAUUAGGGGGUGACUUUCUCGAUUUUUUUACCAAAACCAAAAGGGACUAACUUUAUUUUGAGCGUAACUUGUUUAAUUUUGUUGCUAGAAUUUUUUUUUAUAAAACAAAAAUGAAGCUUUUUUAAACACUAUAAAUAAGUUGUAAUGAGUUUUCCCCGAAAUGUGCUUCAUUUUUGGUUAUUUCACGUUAAAGUAUUCCAUUUGGAAUUUGACUAAUAUGAACCUAUUUUUUAUUAGCUAUAACUCUGCUUCUACUAGGUGUAGAGACGUGAUAUAUACACCAUUUUUUUAAAUUUUUUACAGGCUAUAUUUUGCUGAGAAUGUUUUUUCGACAAAAUACUUACUAUUUGAGUUAUUUGCGAAAAACCGUCUAAAAGCGUGGUUAUUUUGUUGAAAAAAUGAACAUAUUCACUGCCAAAUAACUCGAAAAGUAUUGACUUAGUGAAAAAACUCUAUAGAACAAAAGUUACUUAAAAUUAGCUAGUUUAUCCAUUUCCUGACUUUCUUUGGAUGAAUAUUUUUUCACCCUCAAGAGGGGGGUGAAACCCCCCCCCCCAGGGCAAAAGUACACAUCGGUACAAUAUCACUUUUUUUCUUUGACUUGUUAGCUAUGUGUAUGCCAAAUUCCAUGUCAAUCCAAGCGGUUCUUUAAAAUUUAGAGGUUUUGCAAUAUUUUACCGUUAAAGAACGGACUAAAAUUAAAACGCGAUGUUUUAGAAUAAAACGUGCCAAAAACUCUUAUGGCGAGCUCCUAGAAAAAGGAUUGAGUUGAAUUUAAGUACUUCGUAAUUUCUAAAAUUAUUUUUUUAUUUGUGUUUUUGAACCUUGAAAAUCGUCAUUAUUCGAUUUUUUCCACUUUUAAAUUGUUUAGAACUCGGAAACGAAUAAUUUUAUAGAAAAAUUACAAAAGAUCUUUUUUGUCCCCAAUGAUCCAAAGAACCUUAAGUAAUAUUUAACCGAGCCGAAAAAAUUGAUUUUUAUAAUUUGUUUAAAAAUUUUUUUUAAUAAAUGUAGCAAUAACUCCGAAAUUAUGGCAUUUAGGUAUAGGGAAUGUAACAUGAAAAAUAAUCAGUAUUUCUUUAGGACUUAAAAACGCAAAAAUAUACAGGGUGUUCCAUUUGAAAUAAGAAAGUUUAUUAGAUUUCCAGAAAAACGGAAAGUCUGACAACAAUGUAAUUGCCAUUAUAAUAUCGGCCGCCUCAGAAAACCCUUACCCACCAUUCCCACCAAAAUCUAUAAAAAUCGUGCAAGCCGUUUCCGAGAUAAUUGAGUGUUUCCAUACACAAAACUCACUCUGUAUAGAAGAGUAUAUUUAGAAAUUGAAUUAAUGAUGUCAUGCUACUAUACAUUAGACACAGUACGUAAAUCGCUCAGCUGGACACAGGUAAUAUACAUUGAGAGAAUUGUGGCAAUUGCGCUAACCUGUGUUAGUUGAAGCUUCUGUUCGAGUACGAGUUUUUGGUGCGAUAGAGCUGUUAGAACGAAUAGAAUGAGUUGGUUUUGAAGCAAGGUUGUCCAUAAAUAAAUCAAAAACAAAGUUUACUCUACCUAAUUUUUAAAAUAUUUUUUAUUUAAAAACUAAUUUCAAAACUAAACAGUUUUCCCAUUCCCUUAGGCCAAAAAUAUUUAGCUACUACAUUGUCAUAUUUUGACGUUUAUUUGUAUCAGUCGCAAUAAGUUGUCAAUUUUGAGGUUAAUUCCCCUUAAUGCUAACAACCAUAUUGUCAUCGAGAGAGAUCAGUUGCCACAAUGAUCUCAAUAUAAUACAAUGUAUGUAUUUAUGUAUCUAAAUAUAUACAACGUAUGUUCCCUAUGUCCAGCUGAAUGAUUUACGUACUGUAUAUAAUAGCAUGACAUCAUGAAUUCAAUUUCUAAAUAUAUUCUUCCAUAUAUAUUUAUUUUUCUUAAUAUGUAUGCGAGUUGGGGUGUUAUGAAUAGGACAAGAUUUUCCUAUUGGGCUGACCAACUAUCCCUAUAUAAAUAAUGCUUAUAGGUAUUAAGUUCCUUUAAGUUUCCUAACUGGCGUGUUUAUUUUGUUGAAUUUGUCUUUUUGUACUUUCGGUUUCAUUUCAGCUAAUAUAUUUUUAUGUUUGAACAAUUUUUUUCUUUAAUUUUGGACCUUGUUUGGGGGAGAUAUUUCCUCAUUUUCCCUCCACGUAGAUCCGCACUGGCCAGAGGGCAUCUUUAACAUCUGUUUUAUCAGGAACAUGCGUUAUUGUGAAUAAUGUUUGCAAGGCCAUGUCAUGUAUACUAGAUAUAUAAAUAAUCAUAAACAUGUCAAUAUUGAUUUUAGUACUGUUUAUUGUGCCGCUUACUGUAGGUACUAUUCGAAUGUGAAGUUUUCUCAAAAUAGUUAUCACAAGUUCUAAUUUAAAAAUGAAGGGUCAGGGGAAGGAACGAUGCGUGUAUAUCUGGAAGCAUUUUCAGUAAAAUGAAAAACAAAGUUACAUAUUCAUUGUUUUUCCCCCUUGGGUCCAAUCUUCUAAUGUGUUUUCAAGAUGAUUCUCAUCGUUAUUUACCCUUGGCCAUUCACAGAUUGAUAGUACUUUUUCUAAGCUAAUAGGUAGCACAAGAAUUGUAAAAUGACCAAAUAUUGACAUUUAUCGUUUUUCCCUCUGACCCUUCAAAUACAUUUGAGAAUUCACACUGGAGAAAAACCAUUUGUGAAAUUUGCAGUCAACGAUUUAUUGUAGCAAAUAAAGAUUUAAAAAGACGUCAACACAUUCUAAGGCAGGCCGCACAUCAAAGAAACAUGAAACGUGAAACAUGAAACAAAUAAAUCGUAAAAAAAGUAACCGUUUCAUGUGAUACGCUAAUCGAUGAAACAAAAAUAAAAUUUGUAUAUUCGGCAAUGGAUAGUGACGUGGUCGUUGCUGUCGGCGCCACUCUUUAAUUGCUUUUUAAUAUUAAAGAAACGUAAAACAUAAAACGUGAAACAUGAAACAAAUAAAUUGUGAAGAACGAAACCGUUUCAUGUUAUAUAGUGUAGGAAACAGAGGUUGAACUUCGCAAACUUGACACAAGUCCGGUUUUAUUUUUUUUCUAGUAUAUCAAGGUGUGCUUUUGAUGGGACUAACUUUUUCUUAAAAGAUUUCGCCCCGGAACACCCGGGGUGGUUUAACAUCCGUUUAAAGGGGGUAGUUUGUGGUUUUUGCGAAACGUAGCCCUUUCUGUACGUUAUUGCAAAAAUGUCCUUAAUAGAAAUAUGAAGAGAACCGUAUUUCCUACAAUUUAUUCCGCGACAGCAUAUGUCUAUUACCCACCGUUUAGCGGGGUUGGCGCUCCAAAGUUGACAAGUUUUUAAAAAAGAUGUUUGGAAAUCAAGAAGCAACCCAGCGGCAAUUAAUCAUAAAUAAGUGUCUGAUUUUUUGGUAUAGGUUUCACUUAAGGGCAAUUGUUCAUUUUUUAAUUACAGGGUAUAAUAAUAAUAAUAUCGUAUGGCAUUUUUGCCGGGGAGAUCCUUUCGGACAGUUCCGGCGCCAUUUACAUCUUUAACCCUGUUUCAAGUAACUAGUGCCGAUUUACACUAGCCCAGGGGGACCGACGGCUUAACGUGCUCUACGAGUCACGGUGAGACGGCUCGUGUCAUUAUUGGAAAUGAAAAUGGUUUGUCUUUGGCAGGGCUCCAUCCCACGUGCACUGGCGUAUGAGGCCAGCGAUUAUGCCGUUACUCCACGGCCGCUCACGAAUUACAGGGUGUUAAAUUUUAAAAAGUCCCUUUUUAUACCACCUGAACCGCUUAUGCUAGCGUAAAAAAUUUCUCGGCGAUUACCCACGUACAAGUUUUAUUUACAAAUUUGUAUAAUUCACCCCCAUAUCUUCCCCGAAACUACCCCUAAAAAAAAAGGAAAAUGAAUAAAGAAAAUAUGCAAAAAUUGACUCUGGGCCACUACUGUGGCUUUAGGGUGCAAAGAAAGUAAAAUAUGUAUAGGUCAUAAUAUGUAGCAGACAGUGUGCUCUUUUAUUUGUCAUAAGUAUAUUAUUAAUAAAAUGAAUAGGUGACGAAAAAAAAAACAAAAACUGGAACCACCAAAGCAUUUCUGAGGUUUGCGGCGCCACUGUGCCGUAACGGUUGCUUAUACGAAAAAACAUGCAUAGGACCUUAUUUGUAGAGCAAAUGGUGGUCUUUAAUCCUGUAUAAGCGUUGUUUCAAAAAAAUAUACAGGAAAUGAAAAAAUCGUAAAAACAUGCUCGCCAAACUUAUUUUCAGGGAUAGGGACAGCUUCCGCAGGGAUGUUGCAAUAACCAUAAUAUAUAUUUAUAAAAAAAACCCUACUGAUGGAGUAGGAUUUUUUCCUACCCCCUUUAAAGGAAUGAAAAUGGGUGUUCCGGGGCAAAUCUUUUAAGAAAAAUUUAGUCUCAUAAUAAGCACCCCUUGAUAUACCAAAAAAAAAAUAAAACCGGACUUUUGUUAAAUUUGCGAAGUUUAAUCUCCUUUUCCUACACUAAUAUACUAAUCAAAGAAACAAAAAUAAAAUUUGUAUAGUAGAUAGUGGAAAGUGAUGGUGACGAGGUCGUUUGAAUAAACUCUUUUAUAACUGUCCAAAAAUCAUAACCAUAGUACAUAAUAUUUGGUUGCAAACGAAUUAAAUAAUCAUCUUGCUAAUUUUCAAUAAUUUUAUAGAAUGAGUAUUCAAACAUUUACAUUGUUUUAUUGUGGGUCCUGGUUUAAAAAAAACGAUAUUUUCUUGUUAUUGUCUAUUCAUGUACCACUCCAGGUUAUAAUUGUACAACUCUUUGUUCUGCUCCACCACAGAAACCAAUGCAAUAUUAAAUUCUUGGUCGGGAUUCAUUUUACGCACGUAAUUAAUUAUUCAAAACAAUGAAACUGAUAUCGAAAAAUAGAACACGUCCUAUUUCAUGAAACACGUUUCAAGAAGAUAAAAAUGUUUCAUGGGCAUGAAUCACCUUCGUUUCAUAGAUAUGCGGACGUCUAUUUGUUUAACAGUGUUUUAUUUCCAUGAAACGUAUUUCACGUUUCAUGUUUCUUUGGUGUGCGCCUUCGGAAGAUAAAAAUGUUUCACACGAAUGAAUCACACUCGUUUCAUUGGUAUUAUGCGGACUUCUAUUUGUUUAGCAUUGUUUUAUUUUCAUGAAACGUGUUUCAUGUCUUAAAAAAUGGUAUUUGUAAAACUAUUUGUAUGUGAAAUAUUUACAAAACGAUUUUCACAAAAAGCUCACUUUAGAGUUCAGAUAACAAGGCAUACUAGAGAGAGACUCAUUAGCAGUAUUUAGCUCAUAUAAAUAACGUUGACAUAACCAUCGUGUUUUAGAUUUAGUGUUGGAAAUAGAGUGGAAAUAUAUACAACUAUAUAGGCAAAAAUGAACAACAUAUGUAUUUAUUUACCCGACGUCCUCAUUCUCGAAAAAUUCAGAGUGAGUUUUAUGUAUUUAAACCCUCAAUUAUCUCGGAAACGGCUUGCGCGGUUUUUAUAUGUUUUGGUGGGUAAGGGUUUUCUAAUGCGGCCGAUAUUAUAGUCGUAAUUAUAUUGAUGUCAGCUCUUUUAUUUUUCUAGAAAUCUAAUGAACUUUCUUAUUUCAAAUGGAACAUCCUGUAUAUUUUUUGCGUUUUGAAGUCCUUAAGAAAUAUUGAUUAUUUUUCAUGUAAUAUUCCCUAUACCUAAAUGCCGUAAUUUCGGAGUUAUGCUAGAUUUAUUUUAAAAAAAUUAUAAACAAAUUUUACAAAUCAUUUUUUUUGCCCGGGCACACAUUAUUUUAGGUUCUUUGGAUCGUUGGAACAAAAAAGGUUUUUUGUAAUUUUUCUAUGAAGUUAAUCGUUUCCGAGUUACAUAAUAAACAAUUUAAAACUGAAAAAAAUCAAAAAUGUCUAUUUUUAAGGCUCAAAAACAAGUAAAAAAAAUAUUAUUUUUAGAAUCACGAAGUAUCUAAAUUCAAGUUUCCUUAUUUUAUGAGGUUCCGAUAAGUAAUUUGGGCUUAUUUCAUUUUAAAACAUUCUUCUUCUUCUUCUUCUUAACUCAGGCGAGACUCGUUAGUCUCUGGCACUUGGUCAUAAGACCUUUGUACCAAACCCUGUUCUUCUCCUUAAACUUUAAUAAGUCCUGUGGCCUCAACGAAGGCCAACAGUUUUCUUAUUGGUAGUUUUAAGAUCUCUUCUGGUUCAAACCUCAUUUGACCAGUGAAGUUCUGCCUUACAUCACCUAGCACACUGCAAUAGCAUAGUAUGUGUAUGGCAGUUUCUUCUUCCAUUUCGCACUUUCUGCACCAUGGUUCAUUCACCUUACCUAGUUUGUAUAGGUGAUUUCUUAAACGACAAUGUCCAGUCACCAUUUCAGUGACCGUUUUGAUCUCUCGUUUAUUGAGGUUCAUCAAACUGUUCGAGAGUUUUUUCUCAAUAUUCUUGAUUAUUUUUUUAGUCUGGAUUUGCCCUUGAGUGGUUCUCCAUUUAUUUUGAUGAUUCUUUAUCAGCCAUUUCUGAACCUCGUUUUUCAUAGCAUCUUUAGUGAUGCCACAGAAAGGUCCUGGGCCUUCAAAAGUUUUUCUCGAGCCUUGUUUCGCUAACAUAUCUGCUCGUUCGUUCCCAUGCACCCCUUCAUGACCCGGCACCCAUAUUAAAGACACUUUGUUGUCAUUUGCCAGGUUCUUGAGGAGAUCUUUGCAGUUUCUCACCAGUUUUGAUUUGGUGAGAGGGUUCUUUACAGCCAGAAUAGCCGAUUGGCUAUCUGUGUAAAUGUUGAUUCUCUUAGCUUUAGGGUCCUCAUCAAUUAUUUCAUCAAUGCAGGCCACCAAAGCAAAAACUUCAGCCUGGAACACCGUUGUAUGUUGACCUAGGCUGUAAGAUUUAUUAUAGUUACAUGUUUGCCCAAAGACUCCUGAUCCAGUACCAUGGGCAGUUUUAGAUCCAUCAGUGAACCGUAUUAAGUCUCCAUUAAUGUUUGGGACUUUUUGUUCUCUAGAUGGUAUAAUUGUGUUAAUCUUCUCAGUGAAGAUUAGUUCUGGUGUCAUCAUAUCUAAGUUCAUCAUAAAUAUGUAUUCCUCAAGUAUAGUCCCAGUAAUGUCUGUGUGGCUAUUCAAUACAUAAUUUGGCCUCCAAGUAUUGUUUGCUUUGAGCCUCAGGAUGGUCAUAAAGGCUACCGCCGAAAUAUACAAUUCCAGCGGAGGGAGACCUGUGAUAGCCUCUAAUGAAGCCGUUCCUGUACUAUUCAAGGCUCCUGUUAUAUUUAGAAGCGCUUGUCUUUGUAGGGUGGUGAGAGUGAUCACACAAGAUUGCAAAGCCGUCUUUCUCCACCAGAGUACUGACCCAUAAGUAACUGUCGGUCGUAUCACUGAUGUGUACAACCAACAUAUCACCUUUGGUUUCAAUCCCCAGGUUUUACCUACAACUCGUCUGCAGUUCCAGAAGAGUCGCUUAGCCCUAUUGGUUAUAUUGGUAAUAUGAGUAUUCCAAUUGAGUUUCGAAUCCAGGGUUACCCCUAGAUACUUAACCUCAUUGGUUCUUUCCAGUACCUCUCCAAAUAAUUUCAGCUCACUCAGUCCAGUAAGCUUCCUCUUAUUUGUAAAGGCUACCAGUUUAGUUUUAGAAGGGUUCACGGAGAGGUUCUCUUUCAGACACCAGUUCUCUAUGUAGUGAAGGGCAUAUCGCAUCUGAUACGCAACAGUGCUGGGAAAUUUUCCCCUAGUUACUAUCAC